AUGGAAUUCGGGUCAGGGAAUCCUUUUCUCCGUUUCUUGGGUAGUCUAGAGACAUUUCGACUUGUCCUAGUCGUUUGGGGCUGGUCCUAAUAAACGUAUACCAUGGGCGGUGUUUUUGGCUUCGAGGGCGAAAAAGGUCUACUUCCGGCUGGGGACUACUAAAGGUUACCCUGAAUGAUGCGGUGCCUCCUCAUUAGCCAAGACCAACGUCACGAUCCAGUUCAUCUGCCUGAUGGAGAGACGGUGGUUCUUGGUAGGGGACCUAUAACUCUUAUCACUGAUAAGAAAUGUUCACGGACACAAGUGGAGUUGCUGGCAAAUUAUGCCUACAGAUCUGUAAGAGUCACACAGCGAGGGGUGAACCCUACGUCAGUGGAGGAGAUACACCUGCGUUGCGGUGACAGCACAACACUUCAAGAGGGAGACACACUGUGUUUAGUGAAUGGACUGUACCGUUACUGUAUCCGCUUUGAGCAAGAUUCCCGCUCCCCAAAGAAAACUGUGCGGGAGUAUUUUAGCCCCCAGCGCCCUAUAAAGGAGGAUGACAGCGCAGCACAGCCACCCAAGCGGCCCCGGGCCUCUAGCCCUUCUGAAGAUGAAGAUGAUGAUGACCUUUCUGUGGUUGAGAAACUGAGGCAAUUGCAGGAGACAGCAGCUCAGAUGGAGCAGGCACGGCAGCUUUCCCCUCAGAACCUCCCAAAUCUGUCUUCCCAUCCUCGUGACUCCUGGGAGGACCUUGGCAAGCUCUUCGUCUUUACAAAGAAAGGAGUAAUGCCUAGUGCCAAAAUUGCAGGGUUCGAUUUGGAUGGAACUAUCAUCACUACACAGUCUGGGAAAGUGUUCCCGACAGGCCCUGAUGACUGGAAAAUCCUGUAUCCUGAAGUUCCCCGCAAGCUGAAGCACCUUCUGAGCGAGGGGUACAAGGUUGUGAUUUUCACCAACCAGCUGGGUAUCAGCCGGGGACGCCUCAGGCCUGAAGUUUUCAAAGCAAAGUUGGAAGCUGUGAUCGAGCAGCUGGGUAUCCCGGUACAGGCUCUCGUGGCAAGCGGCUCUGGCAUUUAUCGCAAACCUGUCUUGGGCAUGUGGGACCAUCUGUGCAAAAAGGCAAAUGGUGACCUGUCAGUGUCUUUGAACCAAAGUGUCUACGUGGGAGAUGCAGCUGGGCGUCCACCAAACUGGGCCCCUGGGCAUAAGAAGAAGGAUUUCUCUUGCAGCGACCGCGUGUUUGCUUUGAAUGCUGGCCUGCCUUUCAAAACUCCUGAAGAAUAUUUCCUGGGCUGGAAAGAGGCUCCAUUUUCACUCCCCGAUUUUGAUCCACGGACGUUGGACCCCAAGGCACGGCUAUACGAUCCCCAAGAUGCUUCCCUGACCUCCUCCUCCCCAGAGCUGGUUUUGGCGGUUGGCUUCCCUGCUGCUGGCAAGUCAACAUUUCUGAAGCAACACUUGGUCUCAGCUGGUUAUGCCUAUGCCAACAGGGACACACUUGGCUCUUGGCAGAAGUGUGUGGCUGUGUGCCAGUCAGCACUGCAGGCAGGAAAAAGCGUGGCAGUGGACAACACCAAUCCGGAUGUAGAGUCGAGAUGCAGAUAUAUCGACUGUGCCAAGGCACUUGGGGUUCCCUGCCGGUGUUUCCUCUUCACAGCCUCGCUGGAGCUAGCCAAGCAUAACAACAGAUUCCGGGAAAUGACUGAGAAGGAACAUGUGCCUGUUAACAGUAUUGUCUUGAACACCUACAAGGGUAAAUAUGUAGAACCAUCACUAGAAGAAGGGUUUGCUGAAAUUCUGAAGAUUCAUUUUGUGCCUCAGUUCAAAAACCCAGAACUGGAGUCGCUGUACCGUCAGUUUUCAGAAGGAUGACAGCACCGUGGCAAUGCACCAGCCCCUGGACUCUCCUGCCCAAGAGAUUUUGAAAUAUGACCAAAGUGCCAGAGAAGGUAUGCCAACGGAGGUGCUCCCCCUGCUGGUCACAGUGGAGCCAAGUAUUUGGACUGAGGCAGAUCAUCCUUGGGCGGUGUGAAUUGGAAGCUAAUUUCUCUCUCCUCUGGAAAAACCAUUUUAAAAAGUAAUGUGAAAUAAAGUUUAGAACCCAAA